UAGGGGAGUGGCGACAUGAUGACUCGGGACGAAAAGAUUUGCCACCGAGAAAGUGCCAAAGAUACCAAAGUAAAAGAAAAGAGCAGAAUAUCUUUCAUCCUAUCUCCACUACCGCAACACAAGGCAGCAUACAAGACGGAAGCGAGACCCGGAAAAAUCAUGUCCUCCAUCUCCAUCCUGCACAGGGCCUGCCUCCGCCUCGCUCUGCUGCCGCUCCCACCUCUGCGUGCUCGCGCCACCGCGCUCCGCCCUCCCCCUCCUCCGCGGCGGCAUCUCCACCUGCCCCGCCGGAGCGCCAUGAGCUCCGCCGCGUCCAGGCUGUCCCACAUCGCCACCGCCACCGCCGGUGCCGCCGCGGCCGGGGAGUCCAAUGAGCCGCCGCCGGCCGGGUCCGCCGUGGCCCAGGAAGACGACGGCCUUUCAGGGGAUAUUGGCUACCGCCUUCCUCCGAAAGAAAUACAGGACAUUGUUGAUGCACCACCACUUCCUGUCUUGUCAUUUUCACCAAACAAAGACAAGAUUCUGUUCCUGAAGCGUCGAGCACUGCCACCACUAUUGGAUCUUGCAAAGCCUGAGGAGAAGCUUGCUGGUCUAAGGAUUGAUGCCGAUUCUAAUACUAGGAGUAGAAUGUCUUUCUACACUGGAAUAAGUAUCCAUAAGCUGUUGGAUGAUGGGACUUUGGGCCCAGAGAAAGAGGUACAUGGGUAUCCAGUAGGUGCAAGGAUCAAUUUUGUCUCGUGGUCACAAGACGGCCGCCAUAUAUCCUUCACUGUUCGAGUUGAUGAGGAGGACAACAAAAGCGGCAAGCUAAGGGUGUGGAUUGCUGACGUUGAAUCUGGAGAAGCAAUGCCACUUUUUAAAUCGCCUGAGAUAUACCUAAAUGCUAUUUUUGACAGCUUCGUAUGGGUUAACAAUAGUACACUGCUAGUCUGCACUAUUCCUGUGACACGUGGAGCUCCACCGCAGAAGCCAUCAGUUCCAUCUGGUCCGAAAAUCCAAUCUAACGAGACAAAGAAUGUAGUCCAAGUGCGAACCUUCCAAGAUCUGCUGAAAGAUGAAUAUGAUGCUGAUCUAUUUGAUUACUAUGCAACCUCACAGCUCAUGUUAGCCUCUUUGGAUGGAACAGUGAAGCCAAUUGGCCGUCCAGCAGUAUAUACAUCCAUUGACCCAUCACCAGAUGAUAAAUACCUAAUGGUUUCUUCCAUCCACCGUCCAUAUUCCUACAUUGUACCUUGUGGGAGAUUUCCAAAGAAAGUUGAAUUGUGGACUGUAGAUGGGAAGUUUAUUAGGGAACUAUGUGAUCUGCCCCUGGCUGAGGACAUUCCAAUUACAAUGAGCAGUGUGCGCAAGGGAAAGCGUUCAAUCUAUUGGAGGCCAGACAAACCUUCAACUCUGUAUUGGGUGGAGACACAAGAUGGUGGAGAUGCAAAAGUAGAAGUUUCACCUCGUGACAUAGUUUACAUGGAAAAUGCUGAGCCCAUAAAUGGUGAACAGCCAGAGAUCCUGCAUAAACUUGACCUUCGAUAUGCAGGCACUUCCUGGUGUGAUGAAUCUCUUGCUUUAGUGUAUGAAUCUUGGUAUAAAACUCGGAAAACAAGAACAUGGGUGCUCUCUCCUGAUGAAAAAGAUGUCAGCCCUCGCAUUUUAUUUGAUCGAUCGUCAGAAGAUGUAUACUCUGAUCCUGGCUCCCCAAUGAUGAGAAGAACUGACAUGGGAACAUAUGUAAUUGCAAAGAUCAAGAAGCAAGAUGGAAGUACUUACGUCUUGUUGAAUGGGACGGGCGCCACACCAGAAGGAAACGUUCCAUUCCUUGAUUUGUUUGAUAUAAAUACUGGAAGCAAAGAGCGGAUAUGGGAGAGUGACAAGGAAAAAUAUUACGAAUCUGUUGUUGCGCUGAUGUCAGACAAAACUGAUGGGGAACUGUCCCUUGAUCAGUUAAAGAUACUUACAUCAAAAGAAUCAAAAACAGAGAACACACAAUAUUACUUGCAGACUUGGCCAGAAAAGAAGCAAGUUAAGAUCACAAAUUUCCCACACCCAUAUCCUCAGCUUGCUUCCUUGUAUAAGGAGAUGAUAAGAUACCAGCGAAAGGAUGGAGUCCAACUUACAGCAAACUUAUAUCUGCCCCCAGGUUAUGAUCCAUCAAAAGAUGGACCUUUGCCAUGUCUAGUUUGGUCCUACCCUGGUGAAUUUAAAAGCAAAGAUGCUGCUGGGCAAGUGCGUGGUUCCCCUAAUGAAUUUCCAGGGAUUGGUGCUACAUCCCCUCUUCUUUGGUUGGCUAGAGGGUUUGCUAUUUUGUCGGGUCCAACAAUCCCGAUUAUUGGUGAAGGUGACGAAGAGGCCAAUGACAGGUAUGUGGAACAACUAGUUGCAAGUGCAGAGGCUGCAGUUGAGGAAGUUGUUAAAAGAGGGGUGGCUCAUCCUGAUAAAAUUGCUGUUGGUGGUCAUUCAUAUGGUGCAUUCAUGACAGCUAAUCUCUUAGCUCACGCUUCUCAUCUUUUCUGCUGCGGAAUUGCUCGUUCUGGAGCUUACAACAGGACUCUGACUCCAUUUGGUUUUCAGAAUGAGGAUAGGACACUCUGGGAGGCAACAAGCACCUAUGUUGAGAUGAGCCCUUUCAUGUCAGCAAACAAAAUCAAGAAACCAAUCCUACUUAUCCAUGGAGAGCAGGACAACAAUUCUGGGACAUUGACGAUGCAGUCAGACCGAUUUUUCAAUGCCUUGAAAGGGCACGGUGCGCUGUCUCGUUUGGUGAUACUUCCUUUUGAGAGCCAUGGGUACUCUGCAAGGGAAAGUAUUAUGCACGUCCUCUGGGAGACUGAUAGGUGGCUGCAGAACUACUGUGUAAACGGUGCUAGCAAGGCUGACUCAGAUUCAGUGGCUGACAGCGAAAACAAAACACUGUCAGCCAGUGGCGGCAGUGCAGCUCGUGAAGAUCUAAGUCCUGAGGGAUCCUCAUAUCUACCACGAUCGCUUCUGUGAUCAACUUUCUUCAGCUGGUGCGUGAAACCAUCUCAGGACAGCAGGCUCAAACAGAAAAUAAAGGGCUGUUGCGCUUGUGCCAGAACUGAUGCCCAUUGCCUUCUCUACCAGGCAUGGCUUGAUUGGCAUUAUAUUUGAUUGAUUUCUGCAUAAGAUGAUCGUGUGACUAACAUGUAGGGCCUACAAAGUGUAGGAAAGGCCUAAUCAUCGGUGGAUAUUGCACCCCCUUAUAUUCGGAUCCAUAUUUAUUCUAUUGGUAUAGGCCAACGCAAUAGAACUGUAAUUCUUAACAAUUAUUGACUCUGUACAGGAAUGCAGUCUCUUGAGUUUUGAUCCCA